CACUAUGACUAGUAUGAACAAACGACAACAGAUUACGUCAUAUCUAUGCGUCGAAUGACGUUCAAACAGUGCGAUUCCCAAUCCUGCGUCCAGGAGAGAUUUGAACCCUGACUGGAACAUGGCGCUGUUUCCAAACUCACUGACAGAGGAGGAGGAAACGCUGCAGAAGAAAUACGCCAAAUUAAAGAAAAAGAAAAAAGCCCUGCUUGCGCUUAAGAAACAGAGCUCCAGCAAUCAGACGAGUCAGACUGGACUUAAACGCACCUUGUCGGAUCAGCCUGUGGUGGACACAGCGACGGCCACCGAGCAGGCCAAGAUGCUCAUCAAAUCUGGCGCCAUAAGUGCCAUCAAAUCGGAGAACAAGAACUCGGGGUUCAAGCGAUCGCGAACACUUGAGGGUAAAUUAAAGGAUCCUGAGAAAGGUCCAGUUCCAGCAUUCCUGCCAUUUCAGAGAAGCGUCUCUACAGACGAGGAGCUUUCUGAGUCGGCCAAAAGAACCCACAGAAAGGCUCUGUAUGACAACUUUGUCGGCCCGGCUGAACGCCCACGUGACGAGGACGAAGGUGGCGGAGCAUCUAACCGGGAUUUCGAGCGCGACCGGGACAGGGAUCUGGAACGAGACAGGGAGCGAGACAGGGAGCGAGAGCGUGGCCGAGACAGAGAGCGGGAACGAGAGAGGACCCGAGACAGGAGCCGAGACCGAGAGCGAGACCGGGAGCGGGACAGGGAAAGAGACAGAGACCGCGAACGAGACCGAGAGCGAGAACGAGACCGAGAGCGAGACCGAGACGGACCCUUCAGACGUAAAUCCCAUAAUGGUACAGACUCGUACCCGGAACGGCGAGGCAUGAGGAAAGGAAACACGGUGUACGUUUACGGUGCAGGCAUGGUGGAAGAGAGCCUGCGUACAGCUUUCUCUCAGCAUGGCACCAUCAUCGACCUGUCCAUGGACUCUCCACGCAACUGCGCGUUCGUCACCUUUGAGAAGAUGGAGUCAGCAGAUCAGGCUGUAGUAGAGCUGAACAACACCGCCGUGGGUGACGUCACGAUCAAAGUCAGCAUCGCUAGGAAGCAGCCCAUGCUGGAUGCAGCUACGGGGAAAUCCGUCUGGGGUUCUCUGGCUGUGCAGAACAGCGCCAAGGGUUCGUACAGGGACAAGCGGAAUCAAGUCGUCUACAGUGAAGAUUUCAUUUGAGCAUUUCUCACACACACACACACACACACACUCUCAUUUUAUUUGUAUGCAGCACUGCUGUUGAUUUUCUGCUUGUUGUUGUUUUUAUUUCAUGCAAAUCAUAAUCGGUUCAUUAAAAUACUUUAGUGUGUAAA